AAAAAUUAGAUUUCGUACAAGGACAUUUUGUUAUUGCAUUAAUGAAUAAUACAGACACACAAAUACCAAUGGCAACAAAUUUAAAAUAUUAUUAUGAACUUAUAUCAUUCCUUCUUUCUAUUCAUAAUAUUUGGAAUUCAAUUAACUACCAAGAAAAAAUGAAGGUUAGCGAAAAAACCUGGAGGAAUGAUAUGAUUUCUUCAACAAUAAGGUUUUUAUCAAUUAAUAGUGGUAAAAAUGUUGUCAAAUUAAGUAACAACCAAUCUGGCAGUCCUUUGAGAUUUCCAGAUUAUAUGUGGCUUUUCUAUAAUAAAGAAAAGCAAUAUAGAUAUGAAUUUUUAUUUACAGAAGUGUCUUAUGGACCCCAUGCAGAUGGUGCUUAUCUGUCACAACAUAUUAAAGAAGAUAGAUCUCAACUUGCAAAAAUGGCAAAAGAGGGUUGGAACAGUAUUUUAAAUUUUAUAAAAGAAUACAGGGAUGAAGAUUGUAUAAAAACACUAAAUGAAUUGGAAAUAAUCACUAUCCAUGUGUAUAAAAAUGUAAAAUUAAGAAGAAAAGGAAAUAGUUCGGAAGCUUCUCAUGAGUAA